AUGGAUUUACAUCGAAUUAUGGAUAAACGUGGAUUUAAACCGUUAUUUUCGGUUAUUAUCGGUGUACUUUUAGUUGUGAGUGUGAAUGGAGUAGAAAUAAAUUUUGACCAGCGUAACGAUGGAUUCUUUUUAAAAUCGGCUUAUCACAAACUGAAACCCAGUAACCCUACGCAGGAAAAGGAACUAUUUGUAAUAACCAAUCGUGCAGAACUACACAAAUUACGUGCCAGUCAUGGACCUUUCGAAGCGUAUCAAGCUGUUCCGGAGGAAUACAUCGAACAGCAGACAAAUCGCAAACUACACAGUGAAAUUUUUCAUAAUAUGGACAUCAGUGUGCAUCUGUUAACAGAGGAACUAUUACCAAAAUGGCCGCUUCUUCAAGUGUUAAUGCAUGCGCGCCCGAUACAAGAAUCUCUGAAAACCAGCGAUUUUAGUGAAUCUUAUUACAAUGAACAUUGGUGUGGUCAGUUGAUCGUGUUUCACGAGGAUCAACGACUAACAGAUGUGUGUAUUUUAAAUCAAAAUGAUAAAAGUGCAUGUCUGAUGGAAAUUACUGUUCCUUAUGAAUGGUGGCAUCGUAAUGUCUCCAACGUGGAAGUCUACUAUCAAGUGUCCCGCGUCGAGGACAACCACGAAUGUGCACAAGAAUCUAACUCAAUUGUUCCUGGACGAACGGAGGAAUCCAAGAAUAUGAAACUGAUAACUAGUCUGCCUCUUUCGACUGAAGAUCAUCGCUACGAUGAAAAGGGAGAUGAUCGCCUGAUUUUCCGAAUUCCAAAAACCAAAUAUUUACCUGGAAGUCGUUUUUUGAUUCCUGUUUAUUUACAAGGAAAUACGAACGUUCAAGUUGUUGUCGUACAAACAAAAGUAAAAAAUGGAUUAAAAAUUCGUGGAGCUGCCGUGAAACCAAACAGUCCAUGGAGUGUGUAUUUUGAGAUGAAGGAUAGACAGAAGACAGCAGUGGUUACAGCUUUUAUCAAAGAUAAAUCUAAGUAUGUUCAAAGUACAAGGAUGGGAAAUUCUAACCAAUUUUCUUCCUCUGCAGCCUAA